UGCUUCUUCAUUAGUGAAGUAUCGAACCCUAGGACACAGCAGUUAUGAACAGGGGCUGUGGGAUAGACACCCGGGUUAAGUCCUGGCUCUGCCAUUAACUUUUUGUCUGUGCCUUGAUUUCUCUACCCCGGGGCUUUGGGUCGAUUAAAUGAGUUAUGCGUGUAUUACACUCACAAAAGUGUUUGGCCCCUAGUGCUUUAUAAGUUUUGGUUAUUAUUAAUAUUACUGAGCCUUCGACGUGUGUGCCGAGCCUGUGCUAAGCACUAUGUCAUCAGUGCGCAGUGGGAGACAUAUCAGACAGAAGUGUGUUCUCAGACUUCAUGAGAGGAAGACCAUUUCACCGGGACCUUAAAAGAUCUCCAGUCGAAGAAGAUGGUCAUAAGGAAGUUAAAGGAACAAAAUGGAGAGGAGGAAAGGGAAAACAACGACAUAAAUUUACUACGGAUGAAUUGUACAUUCUUAAUCAGACAUUUGAAGAGACUCCUUACCCUGAUUUUACCACUCGAAAAGAACUGGCCAAACAACUGCGUUGUCAAGUAUAUAUAAUUGAUAACUGGUUCCAGAAUAAAAGAGCCCGACUGCCACCCAGAGAGAGACACAGAAUGUUUGCUAUUUGGAAACUACAUGAAUUCCCUAUUCAAGGUCGUUCAUGUUUAAGCCUCCAGGAUACUCAGGCAGAAUCUCCCAACUACACCACUGAGCACAACCUCUCUUCUACUGAGGAGGCUGUACUGGGGAGAGCUGGCUAUUCUUCUCUAGAGACACAGGAAAUUCCCAGUCAACAGGAUGGCCCAGGUGACACUAUGGUCCCAGGCAUUGUAAAGGAACCAAGCUGUACUUUGGAGUAUCAAGGUGAUACGAGAAGUAAACUUUGUCCUGCCUAUCCAUUUUCCAGCUACAAAUCAGCACUCUUUUUUCAUCCUCCUACAUCUUCUGUGCAGUAUUUUGAGAGGGAUGGGCCUGAGAAAGAAGAAAGCCAGCAUGCAAGGCCCUUCAUUCUGCACCAUAUUUCUACUGUGCAGGGAGAGAGGCAACAGCAACAGGAGAAGAAGGCCCAUUGUCAUCACUCACUAUUUCAAGGACAGCAGGCUAAUGGUUGCAGAUGUCCUUUACAGCAGCCUCAACAGCUUCAGGAUUAUCAAGAGAAUCUGCUCUUCCAGGCUCAGUAUCUAAUGCACCUGAGUUGUGGGGAUUUAGGGCAGCAGGUGCCUUCCCUUCCAUCACAAGAGCAGAGGGGGUUUUCUCAAACUAAUGGAGAGCCCCUGUGUUCUCAGCUGCAGCAUACACCUCUACAAAUGGUGGUCAAGUCUCGGCCAAUGCCUCUUGGGCAAGGUAUGCGUCAAGGAGCUGCAGAGGAAUCCCAUUCUGAAAUGCAUCAUCUUUGGGAUGAGGGGUCUGCAAAGGUCCACUGCUGGGAUCGAGAUUGUGGCCACAGGAAAUAAUAACCAUAUAACAUUCAAUAGUAAUCCACACAGCAGAUCAAGGCGAACACCUCUCCAGAGUCUGAACAUAAACACUGUCUUGAGGAAAGCUCCAUGAGCUGUUGAUCCCUUCUGGUUGGGCAGCAGUGUCCACCAGUGUUUUAGCCCCUGAUCAUACAGCUUAUAGUGCCCUCUAGGGCUGGGCUAGAGGAUGGAGCACAAAACCAACAAACACAAACAUAGCAAGACAACCAGCAAACAGCAGUUGCCAAAUCCAAAGCAAUUUGUGCUUCAGAAGAAAGAGGCCCUUGCACAGUACCUGUUUCAGAUAUUGUCUGCCCCUCAGAGGGGAGAUAGCCAACAAGAAUCCGAAGGACCCCACUGCAGCAGCCUUUGGAUGAGAGGCCUAUGAGGCUGCUACUGCCAUGUUCCUACACCAUGGAGCCACCGCAGUAGCCAUAUGUCCUGCAGCAGCCUCACUGAAGCCCUACUGUGAGAGACAUCCAAACAUCAGCCAGGUCUCCAUACAUCUAAAAGGCAGCCCCUUUGUUGAGGCCACCCAAGUUUUCCCCACUUAAGGCAAGAACUUCAGUGGAGCUGCAGGCCCAGCUGUUGCCCUUUGAAGAGCCCCAGGAGGAUCCUGUGCUGGGUCAGGUGUGCAGCCCCCACCAUCCCCCUUACCUGAGAGCUGCUGCCUGGGAACCCAGAGUGUUGUGACCAAGUCUCCUGUGGAUGUGCAUAAAGCAGAUGUCACAAGAUCUGAGAGUACCCAGUUGAGCAUCUGAAUGCUACAUUAUUUCAUAUGUACACAAUUACCUCAUCUGCCAGUAAUGGCACCUGUAUUUCUAUACAAUCCUUAUUCUAUUUUCCUUUUACUGUGUUGGCUGAAAACUGCAGUAAUACAUUGAAUCAGCAGAGUGAGAGGUGACAUCGUUGUCAGUAUUUCCCAGUUUCAUAUUUAGUAUGUGGCAUUUACUAUACUGCAUAUUAUCAAUUUCUGCAAAAGGAGUCCACUUAUUUCUAAUUUGUUCAGUUUCUUUAUUUCUUCCCUCUCUAUGGAUUUUGAAGCACUUAAAUGUUUUUUCAUUGAUUGCAAUUAUAUAAUUUUUUUUCUCUUGUAACUUGUUCCUGUGGUGAUUUAAAUAGAUUUUUCUUAUAUCAAAGAAUGUCAUGUUUUUGGAAUAACCCAACUACGUCAUGAUGUAUCCUUCUUACGUAUUUUUUGGGUUGUAGUUUCCAAUAUUUUGAUUACAAUCAUAGCAUCUAUGUUCACAAAGGAGUGGGCCUCUAAUCAUUUUCUUUACUGGCACUAUCUUUAGGGGUCUGGAUCAUGUUAAACCAGCCUUGGAAUGAAUUAGGUUUGCUACCUCUCUCACUAUUCUCUAAAAUCUUGUGUAAAAACUUAUUCCUUCAUUAAAUGAAUUUUCUAGUCAA